AUGGGGGUCCUGUAUGUUAGCCCACCUUUACAGAGAGCUUCACCAGAUGGUGUAUCUAGGAUACAACAGUUUGUCAGCGGGGGUGAUAUUACUACAGAUUAUAAGGAUCAGCAGCCAAAGAGGCGAGGGGGAGUUAGACAAAGAGAUGAGGAGGGGGAGGAGGUAAGAGAUGGAGGUGGAGAUGAUGGAGGAGGUGGUGGAGGAGGUGAUAGAGGGGGAGGUUGGAGAGAUAUAGGGAUAGAUAGAGAGAGAUAUGGAGGAUGGGGGGGUGAUGGUGGGAGAUAUAGAGGAGGAGAUAGAGGACAAGGGGGUGAUGUAGGGAGAGGAGGAGGACUUCUCCUUGUUGUUGGUGGUACUGGUAGGGUAGGUGCAGUGCUAGUGGUGGUGGGUGGUAUAGAGGAUGUUAGGCGACCUACCCAAAGGAGGAUAUCCGAUGUUCUACCUCCAUCGGUGCCUCAGACAGGGAUAGAGCGGGAUACAGAGAGAGAGCACCAAGGCUGGGAGGAGGAGCUUGCUGAGAGAUUCAAGAGAGCGAUAGGUGGUGCCCCGAUGCGGGAUACACUGAGGAAUAUACGGUACAUAGACAAGGAGGCUGAGUACUACAGGAAUUUAUAUGAGGAGUUGGUUCCAAGAGAGCACAGAGCUCCUAGAUAUGCAGCCACUUGA